AUGGCCAACACGGCACCCAAGGUUGCCGAGGCGGAGCGAUUCGAGGAAUUGGAUGUGGUUGAUCGAAAAGCCGGAGUUCUGGCGGAACAGAUCAAGAAGAGCAAACAUUUCAUUGUCUACACUGGCGCUGGCAUCUCGACGUCCGCGGGUAUACCGGAUUUUAGAGGCCCGGAUGGCCACUGGACGUUGAUGGCCCAGAGGAGGCAACGAACGGAAAAGACUGUCGACACACUGCAGGCCAUUCCGACCCCUACCCAUAUGGCACUAGUUGAGCUGCAGAAGCGAGGGGUCCUCAAUUACCUUGUCAGCCAAAACUGCGAUGGGUUGCACAGAAGAAGCGGGAUUGCACCGGACAUGAUCUCCGAGCUGCAUGGCAAUACAAAUCGCGAGUACUGCGAGAGUUGCGGCAAGGAGUACCUCCGGGACUUCCGCGCAGUAGCAGCUGAUCACAUGCCGGCUACCUACCACCGCACUGGCCGCAAGUGCCCGCUCUGCGGCGGCUUCCUGCGCGACAGCAUCGUCAACUUUGGCGAGAGCCUGCCGGAAGAGGCCCUCCGGCUCGCACACCAGCAUGCCCGCAGGGCGGACUUAUGUCUCGUGCUAGGAUCCUCGUGCACGGUCACUCCAGCCAACGAGAUCCCGCAGGCUGUGGGCGAGUCCAAGAAGGGCAGUCUGGCCAUUUGCAAUCUGCAGAGCACGCCCCUGGAUUCGUGUGCCGGCGUGCGCGUUUUUGCGCGCACAGACGACCUCAUGGUGCGCGUGAUGGACAAGCUCGGCUUCCCGAUACCGUCUUUCGUUCUGCGCCGCCAACUGAUCAUCGGCAUAGAGGCCGCAGGGCCCGGGAAAGCGCAGCUGGUCGUGCGCGGUGUGGAUGUCGACGGCACACCGGCCUCGUUUAUCAAGGAGGUCAGACUGGCGUACAACCGGCGGACAGUUCGGUCUGAGCCCUUCGUGAUUGGCCUUCGGGGCGAGCUUGAGGCUGGCACUGAGCUCAAACUGGAGUUACAGUUUAUGGGCCAUUAUGGGGAGCCGAACUUGGAGGUUGUCUACAGAUAUAGUAGUAGUGAGGCAAACACGCAGGUGAAGUACCUGUUGGAGUACAAUCCUGAAAAUGGGGAGUGGAAGACCACGCAGGAUGAAAAUGUAUUUGAUUAG